UACAAUCUUGAAGUGGUGUCGGUUGUACGUGCACAUGACGUGUUAACGAAAAUUAAUGAAUUUGUCCGGCGAACGAAAAUAAAAAAAUGUAUUCAUUUUUAUUUUUGCUACGAAUUUAAAUGUAGUUUAAAAAAAUACCCUCCAUUGGUAGAAAAACGAAACACUGUCAAUUCGUGUCAAUUGUAUUAUAUUAUUAUUUUUUUUAUUUUGUUUACUUUAAACCUUUAGUUAGGUUUUUGUUUGUUUGUGUUUUUUUUUUAAUUUCGUUUCGUUUUUGUGGUUUGUCUGUUCGCCGAUUUUGUCUUCCUCUGUUUUAUUCGAUUUUGUGUCGUGUCGUCGGUUUUAUAUUUUUACUGUGCUUUCCAUCUACAUACCUACCUACCUGUGCGAUUUGUUGUGUGUUUAUUGUUGCUAAUUUGUGUGUUCGUGCUAUUUUGUUGUAUAUAUUCAUUGAAAAGUAAAAAUAAGAAGGAAAAUAUGUGUACAUAUGUUUAUGCAUUUUAACAACCCCCUAUACGAGCCACUUAACCUAGUGCCACACUAAAGUCUUAAUUUGUAGUGAAGAACAUACUCGUCCACAUAUUUAUGUGUAACUAGUGUGUUUAAUUAGGCAUACAGACUUCUUAAUACUCUGCGAAAAAUAACAGUGUUAUUUGUUUAAUAAAAUUUAUUCAUGAAAAUAAAAAAUAAUUAAAGCAAUACCAAAAUUUGGCAGUGUAAACAAAAAAAGAGAAUCUUAAUAAUUAUUGAUCGAAUAAAUUGUAUAUUUAUACGAAUCGAAUGAGGAUUAGCUGCUACAAAGGAAAAUCAUAAAACGCCUUCCCACGGAACGUUAUCGAAGUGAAUUCGGAUUCAAUGAAACUCACCACAAGAAAUUCCUUUACACUACACAUUCCUUUCUUUCACUUAAAUGCAACUAACAGCAUCAACACCACAACACACUGCACCAACAUUCUUCAAAAACAAUGUCAGAAACAAAAGAACCCUCCCCAGAGUCCAAUCAGUCACUAGAAAUCGAAACAAUAAAGCAACCACCAACACCCGCACCUCGUGAAUCUAUUAUUUCCACUGCAAAAGCUCCAACAACCUUAGCAGCAGAAGAGCCAUCUCUUAAUGUAAAUGAUUUGAAAAUCUGUGAUAAAGAACCUGCGGAAUCAAGUAGUAGUCCUUCGAGUACGAGUACGAGUACGAACACGAGUACAAAAUCAAUUCUUACUAACGGAACAGGACAACCAGUGAAGACAAUCUUGAAAAAGUCAGUUUCUUUCGACCCUGAUGAUGAGAUUGUAAAAAAAUUUACCUCAGGGGAAGUGAUAGUCGACCAGAAGAAUCCUUUUAAAAAGUCCAACGGUGUGACAAGACAGAAGAAAACUCCACCUCCGGUGCCAAUUAAACGAUCCACCUUAAGCACAGUGAAGUCAACACCUAAACCAACGCCCAAGGUAAAAGAAGAUUCAGAAUAUGUGACCACUGAAGAAGUUCUGAAGCAAUCAAAGUAUGUUAAGACGUAUAUAAAAAAUCCAGACAAGUACUUUGAGUACGAUCCAACUGUGUUAGCUCGAAUAAAGUUCGAGGAGUUAAAAGAGCUGAACGGGACAAAACCUCCGAAAAAGGUUAAGCUUUCACAGCAAACUCAAGAACGUUUAAGAGAUUUAAAAAAGAAAAGCCCACAGUCUGCGAAGGCUUCGAAAAUUCCAAACUUUAAAAAGGUUUCAAAGCCAAACUAUCCUGAUCUGUCGGACAUUAGAGUCAAAACUGGGACCGAUCUUGAAGACUCGCUUUUCAAUCCUGAAGAAGUUACAAAAAAUGCUAAAAAAUUUGACGAACGUGUCAAAAAAUUGCAAAUAAGUUCAGAUGACGAUUUGGAAGACAUCGAUGAACCAUUGACAAAAAGUGAUUCCAGCGAAGAAGUUAAGCUGACAAAUUCAACAGUUAAGAGCAGUGUAGACCAAGUCGACAAGGCUCCGGUGUCAGUAGCAGUUAAUGGUGAAGUAAAAUCCUUCACAAACACCGUUAACUCUCAAGAGUUUAAGGAAUUCCUCAAGAAAAAAGGAUUAUUGCUAACACCGAAGCGCGCAGCAGCAAAGACGAACGGUACAAAAACAAACGGGGUGAUCCCAACGAGUACUGAAUUAACACGAGUAGAAAUUCUCAUUGAAAAGCAACCUCCAAUAGAACAAAUUUAUUCAGAUCCCGAUACCAUAAUGGAGACGCCAAAGAAAACGAAAAAACCUUCGGUGUUCCAGCGCCUUCUGCCGAACGGAAUUUUUUCCUCGAAAAGGAAAACGACACCAAAAGAACAAGUUCCUAUACCGCAGAGUGUUUACGGAAACAUACCGACAAGUGAAAAUGGUAGCGUCGUGAAGCCCUCUCCGGCAAUCAAGCGAGUUGUUCUGGAACGUCAAAGUUUCCACGGAGGCUCGGGUAACGGACUGCUUAGCAAUGCUUCAGACCUUAAAAAGCAAAUGGAAAGAUCCCGGAAGAGCUAUGCAGCUGGAGAUGAUCGCUCCACAUCGAUCUCAAGUGCCUUAACAAAUAACGAUGACUUCCCCCUGCAAGAUGAAAACAAUGUCAGCAAGACAAAGAAAGAUGAACGUUCACGGUCGGCAAGUGAGGGAACCCUGACAAAAGCCAACAGAAGUCGAUCGUCUUCCAAGGAGAGACUUCAUACGUCUCAGUCUAGGGACGGAUUAGUGAGGUCGCGAGUUCAAAGGGCACAAAUUCCUAUCAGCUCUCUAAGGCCAAUGCCAGCCAAGAGCCUGGAAAGGAAUACCAUAGACAAACAUCAACAGCAACAGCAGCAGCAGCAGCAAACACCCCAGCAGGUACAACUUAGACGCUCAGUGGCUGAGCGGCAGUCACUUGUUCCGAAACGAUCAGCGCCUCAGGCGAGUGACAAGAGAGUUAUUUUCGGACGAUCCUCUUCCAUGGAUAGACAAGAGAUAUCAAAGAGAAGUGGUUCACGGCAAAGCAACUCACUUCCAAAAUCGAAGAGUGCCUCGUCUACUCCCAAAGGUAUUUUAACCCCUAAGAACUCCAAGGAAAACCUACUAGAUGGAGGGCCGAAGUUAACAUCGACUCCAAUUAGAGAAGACGCUGAGCUACGAAAAGGAUCCCCACAAGUGGCAAAACCCUCUGUGUCACCCAUUGAAGCCGCAACACUACAGGAACAGCAAAUGAUGACGGCGCCAAUGCAUGUGGGCCAGCAGGAAUGGGUGAAACUUAGCGAAAUAAAAGAGCGCACUGAUCGUGAACUUUAUAACAAAGUUAUCCAGCAGACUCAGGGCGGAGGUGGUUUGCAAAAAAUACCUAUUAACGGACAGCCUUACAAUCCAGAGAACAUAUACGAGCGUUUACCGGCCUAUCAAAUCCAGGUGGGGCAGUCAAUGUCGCCGCCUUAUCAGCCAAUCUAUGCCCAGCUUGUUCCAGAAGCAAAUUUGCAGAAUUUUCUGAGAGGAUCACAGCAACGAAACACAUUUUCAGGCGCUUACAGGAACCGCAACACGAAAAUAAUCGACGGCAGUCCACUUAUUAUCCCGGAAAACCAACAGAUCCAAUGCAUCAGGCCGGAGCUGACUACAAAUCAGGUGCCACGAUGUCAGAGUGUUCUUGAUGAAAUGAUGGCUCCCAAUCAGCGGGAUAAGGGUUAUCGAAGUGACUCAGAGACACCGGUCGUUAUGCGGCGAAAGGAACCGAGUGCACCACGCAGUGGAACCCUUACGCGCGAAGAAAUUCUGCAAAAGGUCAAAGAGUUCUGCCGAAAGUCGUUGAAUAAGACUCCAACUAAGUUGGGCAGCACUUCUAGCCAGACCAGCAGUCACAAGGAGCUAAACGGGAAGGUACCGAAUGAUAUCUCUCCAGUAUCCUAUGUAUCGGUAGAGACCCACAAUCGCCCGUCGUCUAGAUUAGCUGCUCCACAAGUUCCCCAACGGAUGCAGAGUCUCCCGCCCACUGCGGCAGCAACAGUAGUACCGACAACGGUGAUUCAGCCCCAAAUAGGCACACCUACAACAUCACCGAUAUAUGCCCAUGUGAUAAAACGUAACAGUAUUCAAUCAAACGUCUCAGACCAAUUUGACAGUCCUCAAAGGAGAGCUUCAUCUUCGGCCGACUACUACCACCACCAGCCCCGGCGGCUGUUUGCUCAAUCUAGUGAAACGGACUCUGGUGUGUUCGGACGCCCAGACACAGCAUCACCAGCGAGAUUUGUAGUCAUGGACAGUGAUAAAGUGACUCCUGCGCAUCUAAUGAAGUACGGACAAUAUGGACAGGUCCAAAUGCCAAGUCCGUACGGCUUUAUACACGUAAAGCCCCAACAGCAACAGGGCCGUCCCCGAAUGGAUGGACGAGCGACGCCUCUGAUUCUUGAACGUGGCAAUCAGGUGGGUUCUCAAAUAUAUUGGAGUCCCACACGAGCGCUACAGCAUAGCCCACGAUUACCCGUUCAGUUGAGUCCUCGAUAUGCUCCACAAGCCCAACAACACCUAAGCAGACAACAAGGAUUGGGAGCAUUUGUAGCUCAAUCUCAACAACAGCCGCAACAGCAACAACAACAACCACAACCAAAUGGAAACUUGGUGUAUGUCAAGGUGCAAGAUCAAAUCUAUCGACCGAUUAACAUGCGUCCAGGUUCAGCUGGCACAAUGCCACCGCUGCAUCAACGUGUGCAUAAAAUCCCGCCACCAGCGACAAUGUUACAGCCCAUAUCGCAACACAACCAACCGCAACCUGUAGCUGUCUAUCCCCAGAUGUACGAGAGCGAAAGCGGUUCAGAGGCAGGCGAAGUGCAACGAAUUAUGGAGAGGCAUCGAAUACAAGAAGACUGGCAGAAUGAAAAAUCUGGACGCAAUCAGUCAAAUGAACAAGUAUCCGACGAUAGACGACGUAACGCCCGCCGCGAAGAUCCCAGACGUCAUACGCUGGGUGGGGAUAUGCUACAAUAUGGCGGGGGUGGUAGCGUCGGAGGUGUUCCCCUUGGCAUGGGAAACGCCGGUGGUGGCGGCAUGGGUAAUCAAGGUCAACCCCAACAACGAGCCAUGGAUCUGGAGAUGGGUACACGAGCUCAAAAGAAUAAAAAGGGUCAACCAAUGCGUGGUUAUGCGCCUAUUAAUCAAGGACCUCUAUUCGAUGAGGACCCUGGAAUUAUGUCAGAAGUGGAAACAGCCAGUACAGGAUUUCGCAGAGGCGGUAAGCAACGUUCGUCGCUGCCAGUAGUUCGAACACCAUCGAAAACUUUGGAAAGACCUCUGGGAUUAGUAUUCCUUCAAUACCGUUCUGAAACAAAGAGGGCUCUUCUUCCAAACGAAAUUACAUCGAUCGACACAGUUCGAGCACUAUUUGUACGCUCAUUUCCACGCCAGUUAACCAUGGCCUAUUUGGAAGGACCUAAUGUUAAGAUAUACAUUCACGAUGCCAGCAAGGAUAUGUUUUAUGAAUUGGAGGAUGUGCGGUCGCAUUUAAGGGAGAUACGGGAUCGAUCAGUUUUGAGGUUAUUUGAGUCAAAUGAAGUUGCUGCCCCGCCACAAGUGUUGCCUGGAGGACCGGGUAUACCACAGCCAUUGCCACAAGCUCAACCAGCCCACUGGGAUCAAGAUCAGAGUUACUUCAGCGAACCAGAAUUUGAUUCAGAAUAUCAACAUCAACAUAUCCAUAAGUCAAAGGGCGGCAAACAAGCACCAUACUAUGUCGGAGCAUCUCAGACACUUCCUCGGGGCAUGUAUUCAGAUCGAAAUAAGGCUGCUGUUGAUGGAUAUACCAGUUCACCGGAAAGAGGAACUAGAGGUAGUUAUGAGGAGCCAUAUUACAGCCAGUACGGGACAAGAGGUGCGGCUGUAGCACCUAUUAUAGAUGAAGAACACGGUGAAGUAGCGUUAAGCGAAGAGCAAUAUGCGUUAUAUGGUAUGAAGAUUGGUUCUGGGAGAAUACCAAGAAGUGCUAAUCAAGCUUAUGAUCCAACUCGACCUGAAGACUUGCAUCGCAUUCGUGUGGAACACAUGGAACGACAGCUAGCCAACCUAACCGGCUUGGUUCAGAAGGCCCUAGUUAAUCAAAAUCCUCAAAUAGCUCCAGCAGUCGUUGGGAUGAAUCCAAACUAUUUGGGUGUGCCCAAUCAAUGUCGAGCAAACGGAUCUGGCGAUGAAAUGUACAUAAGAGAAAAGGCUCCAAAACUCGGCAAAAGCUCGUGUCAUAAAUCAGUGUCAUUUGAAAAAUCCGUUUCGUUUAGUGAUGAUAUACAAGGUGUACCGAAGUCACAUAGUCCUCAACAUGCUGCCGAUUCAAAACCACCAAAGCCAGCUAUUAAGUCAUCAACACUUCCUCGUACUUCGUCUCAAGCAGAACGAGACCGACUCAAACCGCCACCACCUCCAAAACCACUUGCCUUGACCACCUCUAAUCAUCCUACAUACCGGGCGGAUAUAGCAUUAGCCCCAGAAGUAUAUAACCAUUUGAGAGGCUUACAAAAGAAAGCCAAGGAUCUGCGCAUGGAGGUGAGAACGUUACGUAGGCUUUCACAAGCCCAAGCUGUUGCCGUAAGGGAAGAUAUUAAAGACGCAUUUAUGAGAAUUCGUGCUACUUUAUUGGCAAGCAGUGUUAACUAUUGGGGUCAGGGCGAUCAAGAAAAGACAAGAAUGUCACGAGAAGAAGAAUUGUAUAAGCAAGAGGUUAUAAGGCUGGAGAAGGACUUAAGUGACUUGGAAUCAUCUGUGGAGGGAUUACGCGGUGAGGUUAUUAAUAGAAGAACUCGAGUUAAUAUGGCAGCUGUUGAGGAUAUGGCUCUGGUAUUGAGCCGAGCGAGCAAAACUGUGGCUGAAUUGAAAAUGCGUUUCCCGAGUCUUCAAAAUGGCCUUAGAAACAUUCUAGCCAAUGAAAUGGAAAAAGUCGUUCGUGAAGAAAAGUUCCUCAAAGAAGAGCCCGAUCGCCUGGAAUCAGCACUGCGAAGAUGUAAAAAGUUAACAGGAACAUUAGUUACAUUAAAAAGAUUGGCCAGUGUUCAAGAACAACGAUUACCAGCUAACGAACCAACAGAGGAUCCCCCUCGUUCUGCCGAAAUAUCCUCUGCAAAUAAGCCAAUCCCAAGUCCCAGGCUGGGGACGGUCUCUGUCGGCGGGGGAAUCCCACCCGAAAACGCACUCGAUGCUCUGUUAGAUGAACUUCAAACUUUCUCAAAGCCACUCAAUCAGAAUAACGAUUUACGCCCUGAUGAUUCAACAUCCGAUGACAGCUCCCAGGCUAUUCACAGCACUGUCACCACUCAGCUUUCUCAAGCCAGCUUGUAUACACCUGGUGAUCUUCAGUCACAAUUGGCGAAUGCUGCCGCUGCAGUUGUGGCUGCUAACAGCAACACUCUUCACGUCAACUCGAACAUUGGCAGCCUUCGUCGUUUGCAUUCAUAUCCAAGUGGAUCCGAUACUGAUACCAGUCCUCCGCAACCAAUCCGCCCCAGUGGCAAACCACCAGUUCCUGAGCGCAACGCUGAGCUCCUAUCGAAGGUUGGAAACAAACGGGUGCCUCCACCACCACCUCCACGUACAAGCUCACGCAGUCCAUUGGCGAGCCCGACCAGCCCAAAUAUACCCAUAAGACUUCCAUCUUUGAGUGAAUCUACCGUUGACAUUACAAUCGGUAACGGUGACGGUAGUGGUAAUUCAAGUGGCAAUGAAUCUGGUAAUGACCAUGCUCAACGACAGGUCGCACUAGAAAUGCGUCAUCAAGAAUUGCUCAAAAAACAAAAGCUAUUGCAAGAGCAGUAUGCCCGUUUGCAACAAAUGAGUAAGAACUCCGUAACCAUGCCCCCAUCUGACAUCAUGCAACUCAAGAAGACCGGAAGUGAAUCAAAUUUGCCUCAAAAAAUGGGCCUCAAUAUGGCCGUCACUGGAUCAAUGAAAAAUCUCAAUACCGAGCUUAAUGUCUCCGAAAAGAAUGAAAAGAACCUCGCCAACAAAGGUGAACCAAAUAAUGAGCAAUUAGGCAAUGGUGCCGCUGGAGGCGCUCAUUCCAAAAAAGCCCACACAACAACUACAAGUAAAGUCUAUGAAACCGAUAUACUAUAACAAAAGGUGAAGACGGCAUGGAACGAAACUGAAAUCGAUGCUUAGGCAGAAAGUUUAAACAUUUUUGACACAAGGACGCACUCAAAAGCAUUUAAAUUUUAACAAAAAAAAAACAAAUGUUUAACAAACAAAAAAUGGAGGCUAACCAAAGCACAUAAGCGCACCAGAAGAUGCAAUAACUCGAAAACUUAGUGUUUAUUCUAUACAGAGCAUAAAUCGUUAUUCCCUUUAAACAAACAAAAAUAUAAUCUAUUAUCAAAAUCAAAAACCUUAACUAGAAAAAAAUAGGUGUAAAUGUAUAAAGGAUCUAGAAAGGACUUAGAUAUAAUGUACCUAGUUACACAAUGUCAAAAUGAUUAACACGGACAUUUGUAUGUAUAGUCGUACAUCAAUAGCUAUAUAGAACUAUUUAACUUUAUUUUCGUUCACGGGAGAUUUAAACCAGUUCGUUAACGUUAUAAACCGGACUUGAAAGCUAUGGGGAAAACGGAAUUAAUAUGCAAUGUCUUUUGAAAGAAAUGAAAUGGACCUUGAGCUCCUUUGCUGUGCACGCUUUCACUACCUUCUCUAGUUUAUACAUUCAAAACUUAAGAAACUAUCUUGUAUACAAAAAUAUGAUUUUUUUCUAAGGGUAUUUCGACAAAAUUUCUAUUCGAAAUUUUAUUCCAACCAAUUCUCAUCAACUUUUUUUUUUAAUUUUUUUUUUUUAAUUGCUCGCUUUCGAAAGUAAAGUAAGGCUCGUUGUCCCGCUUUGUUGGAACUCCACAAGUUGGCUCUAUAGUAGGCAGAUUUUUCCUGAUUAACUUUCUAGUCAACUUUUCAAUAAAUUUGCCUUAAUUGGAAGGCAACUUGUUGGCAGUUUUCCAAUGAGAUAAUUGAAACUUGCCUUACUUUUAAGACUCUUAUGUCACCUGAACCUGCCCAAUGUUAAAGAUUACUUGCGUGUUCGGUCGAUUAUGACAAAUUGACGUUUGUGAAUCACCAAUUUUGUUGUAACUUUUAAUAAUCUUAAGGCUUUCUAAGCGAUCCAUUAUCGUAAACCGCAAACAUCAAGAACAUUAUUGGCUACAAAACACUCCUCAGGCAAGCUACAAGUCCAUCAGGAUUGUAUUUUGUAUUGUACAGAAUUAUUUCUCUUCCAGUUUCACAAGGAACCCUUUUACACAAAAGAUUAAAUGGAAUUGUGCAGAAAAUUAAUAAUUAAUGAAGUAAUAAAGUUCAGCUUUCAGUUGAAUUAAAAAACAUCAUCAAUUGUCAUUGUGACAUAAGUUCACUUGACUUUAUGGUUAGGGAGAUUUUUCUUGACUAACUCUCCAGUCAACUUUCCAAUAAAGUUGCCUCAAUCCUUACUUUCAAAUCCCUUAUGUCGCCUUAACCUGCCCAUUUCCCCUCAAAAUUGUGACAGUUUCCCUUAAAACUCGGUAAUUAAUUCUAUUUAUGCGUAAAAACAAGCUACAUUUUUUCGUUGAAAUUCACAUCCGUUUUUCGACACUACUAUAAAAAGUGUUUUUAAUUGUGUUUAUAUUUCUGACUUUCUUGUGUUUAUAUAACUGACUAAUCCGAUUUUUUUCCUAGGUCAGUUUAACAGUCACCUUAGCUCCCAAUAUGAGUUGUGGGUUGUUAGAAAUCGUUACUAUUUUAGACAUCAACAAUAAAUUUAGGAACGAUGUAAUACCGUCAUAUUGUUACAAAUCGUAACAAUACCCGUGUUUCUUUGGCAUUCUUUAAGUAGUGUAGUAGAAAAUUCCCAAGAAAACGCAUCGGCAGUAGCCAGAUUUUUGAAUUUUAAAAUUGGUACAGUUGAAAGUAGAUCUGUCAGAAUAAUAAUUUAAAAAAACACAAAAAUAGAAGAAAGUUUUGUUAAAAUUAACUUCAGCAAAAAAAAUAACUAAAACUAAAAAAAAGUGCUGUCAAACUUAAUCAUUUUAAAAUUUUCGUGUGCGGUGAAAACACCAAAAAGAUUUAUUUAAUCAUCCGUAUAAAGAUUCUACUUUAACUUUUAUCGGUAGUAUUCAUACUGCGGAUAUUGUUUUUGGUAUUCGUCUAAAAUUCUACUAUACUAUUGAUAGAUUUUCCAACAAAACAAGGGUAAUUCUUAACCUUUUGAAAUGGCACUAAAUAACGAUUGUUUAAAACAGUUAAAAAAAGAACAGAACUGACCGCUGCGCUACCAGGUUGAAAGCACGAAAUACCUACCGUUUUCAAAAAAUAUCAAUCGUUUUAGACAUUUGUAUUUGCUGCUUUUGUUUUUUGUUGCUAGUGUUAGAUUCAUAACAAGCUUUAUUGGCAUUUAACUUAGGAAAUCUGCUGAAACCCAAACCCUAGAGUCCGUUAAAUUAAAAAGAUAUUUAAUUUUAAGAGUGAUGGACGAGGAGACGAGGACUCUUUUGGUUUCAUUGGAUUCGGUUUUUAAGAAUAUUAUUUUAACCUCCAAUUCUUUUAUAGUUAUUAUUUCUUUUUAUAAGAAGUGCUUAUCAAAUAAGCUCUAGGUCCCCUUAUUUCUACCAUUACUCUCACAGAUGAAUGGUUGAGAGUUGUAAGUCACUAGGCCAUUUUUCUGUACGAACCGUAGUAGGUAUAGCUUUGAAUUAGCACACGCUCCCAUGUACGAAAUAUUCAGAAAUGUCUAAUUACUUUUCUAUUAAUUUCAUGGUGAAGGACAAAACGAGAUUUUCUUAGAUCUUUCUCCUCCAUUUAGGCAGUCCCUAAAUAUUUUUAAUAAUGAGAUUAUCCAAGUCGCCUUAGUCAAGUUAGUACUGUCAAGCCUUUUGGCUCUGAAAAACUUAUGACCAAUUUAUUUUUAAAUGACUAGGCUAAAGUUCAAGUCACUCGAAUCAAUUAAAUUUUAAACAACUCGAAAGAAUGAUCUCUUAACUAACAAAUUGUGGCGGUGGUCAAUGGCCAAGUUAAAAUUACACACAUUUGAUAAGAAAAGACUGUUAGUUUAAAUCGAAAAAUAUAAUAAUCUUCAUUUUUGCACCCCUUUGACUUAUAAGAACAAAGUCAAUCCUAAUGACAUAAACAAACCCAAAGUUCAUUUCAAUCAAAAGACUGCAUUUAAAAAAGCCCUGUUUAUCUCUCUUCAACUAUCUCUAAAAAAUACUUUAUCCACCCAAAAUAUUCCAGACCUACAUAUUUCCUAUAUGAAAGAAAACAAAAACAAACAAAUUAAUAGAUUCAUUCUAAGAAAAUUAAAAUACUUAUACAAUAUACAUUCGUAUAGAAUCUUAUGAAACUCAUAACACAAAAAAAAAAGAAAACAAUAAAAAUAUAAACGGGAAGAUUAUAUGAAAAGUAAUUUAACUGUUUUUGAUAAAUUUUAAACAUUAAAUAGCACUUAUAAAAUCUUUUUUUUAAUAAAAAAAAACAUUCAAUUUAUAAACUUUUGUUUUUAGCAAAAUAAAACAAAAAAGAAACAAAUAGAAAAAUAGAAUAAAAAUCAGUGUUUACUUUUAGGGAAAUUAAACAUUAUAGAAAAUUAAAUUUUUUUCUUUAAUUAUUGUAUUAAAAAUAAAAACCACAGGCACUUAUGUAACACGAAACACAUUCAUGAUAUACGUUGUAGAACACUCCAUUUUUGUAUUUUAUCAUAUAGUUAUAAUAAUAGUAAUCUUGUAUUUAACAAUGAAAUCAAAAUUAACUUACGAAAUUUGUACAUAUAAAAAUAAAAUAAAAACUUACAAUAAUAUAAAAUACUUGUCGUUAUUAAUAUUUUAAGUUUAAAAUGUUCUGUUUUUUUUUUUAAAUGUACAUUUUGUUUGUCUUAUUUUUCUAAUAAGUAUUUGUUUUGUUUAAAAUGUAGACAUUGUGUAGAUAAAUUAUUACAAAAAUAAAAUUAAAUAUUUAUUCUUUAGGUAUAUAAAAAUUAAAAUAUAUAAAUUUUGUAUUGUGUUCUUGCGUCUAUAGAAAUUUAAUUUUUUUUAUAAAAAAAAGAUACAUAUAUAUUUGAAUAUAUACAGUUCAAUAGAUGUAAAAACACACAUUAUAUAUACACAUAUGAUUCACAAGUAUUUUUAUUACUUUCGAAAUAAAUAUAUAGAAUAUGAUAAAUAAAAAAUUCACUCAUAAAGUUGAAAAUGAGACAAAGUAAAACGAAAUAAUUUUAUUUGUAGACAUAAAAUUUUCCGAAUAAAAUCAAUGUAAGAAAACGAGAAUUUAAAUUUAAAAAAACUGAAAAAAUAAAAUCAAACAAAAUAAAACGAUGUGUGGAUGUUUGAAAAAAUAAAAUUUGACGCAAACAUUUAACAAAUUUAAACGAAAUAUAAUAAAUAUAACUGAAAUAAAUAUAAAUAAAAUGAA